UGGCGAGCGUGGUUCCGUGAUGGACUCGCAAUGACGGCCUCCAUCGGUGAGGCGAAGGCGGUGGGGUUGAAGCCAGAGAAUGGAGCGGCGCCGUACGGGAACUUCACUAACUAUUACCGCUUCAAUCCUCCAGGCGAGAGGCUACGACUGAUACCGGCAGCGGAUUUGGCGGCAGAAUUGCCGGCGGGAGGAGGCGGAGCGGGGCCGCUGGCGCUGGACGUGGGCUGCAACAGUGGGGUAGGAGUCGGCCCGGGGGUGCGCGCCGUCUGCAGGGCGGCUUGGUCGGAUUUCAGUGUCGCCAUGUAUAAGCACCUUUGUGAGCUGAAACAAAACCUGAAAGUACUUGGUUGUGACAUUGAUGCUGACCUGAUUCAGCGAGCUACAGAAUCCAAUCCCUAUCCUGAAUCCAUUUUGUAUGUCACUCUGGAUAUAAUGGACCCUGCUUCCCGAGAGGCUGUGUUAAAGCCCUACUUGGACAAAUGGCACUGCACAUCCUUUGAUAUUUGCUUUUGCAUGUCUGUGACGAUGUGGAUCCAUCUCCAUCAUGGUGACAAAGGGCUGUUGGAUUUCCUCCUUUGUGUAUCGGGACUUUGCAAGACUCUGCUGAUUGAACCACAGCCCUGGAAGUGCUACCGAUCUGCAGCACGCAGACUGCGCAAGCUGGGUGAAAGCAAGUUUGACCACUUCAAAACCCUCUCCAUUAAAGGAGACGUGGCCCAGAAGAUUCAGCAGUUCCUGAUAACCGAUUGCAACAUGGAGCUGGUCCACUGCUUUGGGAACACCAAUUGGGACAGGAGCUUACUGCUUUUUAAGAAACGUUCCUCGAACCAAGGCUGAGCCAAAUACAUCUAGUGUAGCUAAAAAUCAACUACAAAUAACUCUAACUGUUGAAAUUAAAUCUUUUUUACACUGAACUCACUGUCUGUGUUUUGUAUAGUUAUGGAUAAAUUUAUUAUUGAAACUGAGACCUAUCAUUGCUAUCCAAUUGAUUAUUCCACUCUCAGCUUCUCGUUGUGAGUGCAUCACUGUAUGGAUGGAAACUGUUUUCUUCUACACUGGCCCA